AUGGAGCCUCAGCUUCGAAAACUGGGAUUACCGACUAAGCUUGAUAAAGGAGCAAUAGUUUUAUAUCAGGAUUACGACAUCUGUAAGGAAGGAGAGCCCUUGACCGCAGAGCAAGCGAAGGUCCUCAAGCUGUUCGAUCACAAAUUGGCUGAGUUCAAAAUUAAUAUCGUGUCGCAGUGGGAUAAAGAAGACGGCUAUAGGAAUCUCCCGAAGAAAGAGGCGAAAGAGAGACUCGACAGCGAAACAGCUGGUAAUGAGUCAUAG